AGUAUCAGUAAGACUGUGGCGAGGGUCGGACGUGUGGUGAUGCGACUUAACAACAUGUUUAACCUGUGAUACGAGCCACACCAGGUGAGACUUACCUGUAGAACGACCUCAACCCCUGAAAGCACACAUAACUCACAUGACGAUUUGAUAAGUAAAGAAAAUAAAUAAAAAGUGACGUGGAAGAAAAAGGAACUCGGAGGGUAUAAGUAUUUAAGUAAACUGGAGACUCGUAAAAGUGUAAAGUUACUGAAGUGGUUAUAGAUACUUUUUUAAGUGAACAGCUAUAGCCCGGAGGUGUAAGUGGACGGCGUCACUAUGUACCGACCACUUAGUUUCGUCCUCCUUACUCUCCUGCUGCUCAUCCCUCAAGGUCUGUCCACAGGUUUAAACGAGAAGUACAAUUACAACUACGCCGGCGAGAGCUACUACUACGACUACGAGGUAGGCGAGGAGGACCAGCCCACCUUCCUGGCUCGCUCCCAGAUCUUCACGGUGGAGGUGGGGCAGUCGGUGAUCAUCCCGUGUGACGUGGAGAAUGCAGGCAAUAACAAACUCAUCAUCAAGAAGGUCCCGGCCGCUGGGGGGAAGGAGAAGCUCUUGGUUGUGGGUAACGAGAGAGUGACCAAAGACCGUCGCAUAACAGUGGAAGGUUCCCGCCUCACCAUCUCUCACGCCCGCCCCCGUGACGCUGGCAUCUUCCUCUGUAUGUUCGAGAUGGACCCGCCCAUCCAGCUCAAGCACACCCUCGACGUACAGUUCGCGCCCUCAAUCAGGUCCCUGGCGCCCCCGGAGCAGCACGUGGCUAAGGGCAUCACCGUGACGCUCGAGUGUAAGGCUCAAGGCAAUCCCGAGCCCACCAUCCGCUGGUCCCGUCAGGAAGGUCCUCUGCCCUCUGGCCUCCGUAGCGAAGAGGGCAAGAGCCUCACGUUGGAGGGAGUGGACCGUCACGUGGAGGGCACUUACCUCUGCACGGCUGACAACGGCAUCGGGGAGUCAGCCUCAGCCGCCAUGACCAUCGCUGUCGAGUACCCGCCGGAGAUUACCACCGAGAAGGCCAUCGUGCGAACAGGUGAAGGAGACAAGGUGGAGCUAGUGUGUCUGGUCAGGGGGCGUCCCUCUCCUGACGUGACCUGGACGAGAGACGGACACCCUCUCCCGGACACCGAUAUGGACACCAAACUGUAUCUACCUGGGGGUCAGAACGCGUCCACCAAAGACACCCACCUGCGAGUGACCCAUGCCGCCCACCGCCACAUCCUCACUAUCAACAAAGUGUCAGAGAAGGACUUUGGGGCGUACGUGUGUAUCGCCGAGAACUCCCACGGACAGAAGGACGCCGUUAUACAGAUGACAGGUCUCCCCAAGCCGCCGCAGGUAACGAGCAGCCCCAACGGCGGGGAGAGCAACAGGUACACCCUCACCUGGCAGACAGAAAGCUUCUACCCAAUCACCGAGUUCAUCAUCAAGUACCGCAAGACUCACCUGGGAGCCUGGCAGAGUAAUCGGACCAUGGUGAUGGCUGGGUCGUGGGAGAACGUGUCGAGGAGCGUGGAGAAGGACGAGGUCAAGGUGGAGGACGACACUUGUCACUCCAUGGCCUUCACAGUGACGGGGCUGGAGGUGGCGACGGACUACCUGGCCGUCAUUAGGGUGAGGAACAGGUACGGCUGGUCCUCCGAGUCACAACACUUCUCCUUCUCCACCAAGAAAGCCAUGGCGGUGUUACAGUCUACCAGCGGGGCGAGAUCUUGGACACCUGCCUCUUCCCCCUCCUCCUCCUCUCCCCUCUUCUACAUCCUCCUCCUCCUCGCGUUCUUCCUUGCUGAGAUUUAAAACAAAAAACAAAAAAAGAAAUCAACAAAAUCAUUCAGGUGUUCGAUAGCAAUAAAUUCCCAGAUACAAACUGCAAGAGGAACACCGAGGAGAUAGAGGACUCGUACCAUGAAGACAAUGCCACUGUAGUGAGACGAGAGAACGUUCGUCUAGCUAUAGCCGUCUCGUCCAAUACAAAACCAUAUGUCACUGCAGGGUUGUGGGUGUUCGCCAGGUGCUCACUGAAUUACUCGUGGUGACGAUGUGUUUCUGGUACUGGGGUCUUGAUAAAUAACCCUCCCCUCCAGAGAUCCCGACCCGCCCUACCCUGCCACACACCUCGCCCCGCCCUGCCCUUCCUUCGCCCUCCACGCUCCGCCUCGCCUCGCCCCGCCCCGCCUCGCCCCGCCCCGCCCCCAGCCAAGAAUCUAAUUGAAGGAAGGUUGAAGACGUCGUUCAUCCCGAAAACCAAGAAGAGUUUUAUACCAAGACUCUGAGGGAGGACACAAGACCACUUCCUCUUCCUCCAUUAUCCCCCUGAGAGAGAGACGGAGAUAUGUGUGUGUGUGUGUGUGUGUGUGUGUGUGUGUGUGUGUG